AUGAUACCAACUUCUACAAACAGUGGUAAUCUGGGCUUGAAUCCGAUUGUUUCAACUCUUGUUAACGGCCCAUCCAAUCGUCCAUCAUCUCAAGCCGCCGCUGCUGCAAUAGUUUCCAGUCUUCAAAACGCUCCUUCACCUGUCAAUCUUCUUCCAAACGCAACGGUGAAGAAUCAGUUUGCACUGCAACCACAAGUCUAUAAUCAAUUUUUGGAUAUUAUGAAAGAGUUUAAAUCACAAUCAAUUGAUACCCAGGAAGUUAUUAAUCGUGUGUCAAGACUUUUUCAUGGUCAUCCAGAUUUGAUUGUUGGCUUUAAUACAUUUCUUCCGCCUGGUUACAAAAUUGAAGUGUCUGACGAUCAUCCAUCAUUUAUUCAUGUUACACAUCCGUCAUCUCGUACAGAAUCAAUAACAAUCGGCGGUAAUGGUACAACAACUACAAACUAUAGUCUUUCUAUAACGACACCGAAUUCUGUAACAUCUACAUAUCAUUCAAAUAUAACAAAUACGAUUAAUUUAUCUUCGAGAACAAUAACAUCACCAAUGAGACAAACAGCAAAUCUUUUGCUUCAACAUGAUGAAGAUGAAACAACAUUAUCGACACUUGAUCCAUCGUCAAGUUCAAAUUCAUUUGCUGCACUUGGCCAAGUAGCGUUACGACCACCAACACCGUGUGCUGUUGUCCCAUCAAUUACUAGUAGUAGUACUUCCCAAGCUGUAAAUGCUCUAAUUUCUGCCGCUACAUCGUCACCGACCCUACCCACAUUGAAUCUCACCAAAGGACAAGAAAAAUCGCAGCAACUUCCAUCUCAACAAUCGAGUGCACCAACGCCGACACCAAGUACAACGCCUAUUCCUACAAGUGCAUCGAAUUCAAAUUCUGGUCAACCCGUCGAAUUCAAUCAUGCAAUUAAUUAUGUUAAUAAAAUCAAAAAUCGCUUCCAUCAACAACCCGAUAUAUAUAAACACUUUCUAGAAAUACUUCAUACCUAUCAAAAACAACAAAAAGAUGCUAAAGAAUAUGCCGGUGGUAACACACUUGGCGCAUUAACGUAUUCGUCCUAUGGUGGUAGUCCAUCAAGUAGUCAAACACCAUUAUUAUCUGAAACAGAAGUAUAUGCUAAAGUAGCUCAAUUAUUUACAAACCAUGAAGAUUUAUUAGCAGAAUUUAGUCAAUUUUUGCCUGAUGCAACACAACAACCAAUGGAACGUACCAAUUCAAUAUCUGAUAUCCUGUCAUCUUCAGGUGCUACUCCUUCAACAUUUACUCCUACACCAGUUUCUAACACACCGAAAAUAAUCACAAAUAAUCCAGUUUCAUCUACCUCUAUUUUGUCAACGGCAACGAGUACAGCAAAUUUCUCGUUUUUGACUACUACAUCAAAUAUUACUUCCUCAACGGCAUCAUCACUGUCAACGUCAACAAACUAUUUAAUUACUCCGUUAACAUCUCUUGCUAUUUUAUCAUCAGCUCCAUCAUUUAGUCUUCCUUCUUCUUCGUUAUCAACACUCACCACCGUCAUACCGCCAAUAACUUCAUCCACACAAGCCGAAACCGUUGUUCGACCUAAGACACCAACAACCACGAUCGCUAACACCAGCUGUGUAUCAACAUCUGCCUCAACAACAGGCACAAGUACUAAGAGAUUAACCACAGUUGUUCAACGGCAAACAGCUAUUAACACUAAUACAAACAAGUCCACACCAGGUAGUAAACGUCCAACAUCAGCUAAAACAUCAACCAAUAUUAAAAAGAAACGUUUAUCAUUGACAAAUAUUGGAAUACACGGGAGUAAUACGGUGGAUUCAACAGGACAAGUAAAAAAUAUGCCGGCGAUUGAUGAAGUAGCUUUCUUUGAUAAAGUACAAAAAACAUUGCGUAGUCCACUUGUAUUUGAUAAUUUUCUUCGUUGUAUAUUAUUAUUUACAAAACGAAUAAUCACAAGGGUUGAAUUAAUUGAACUAAUUCAUUCAUAUUUGGGUCAUUUUCCCGAAUUAUUACGAACAUUUCAAGAGUUGAUCAAUAUACGGGAACCAGGUGAAGUUAUAAUACCAAAAAGUAUUUCGAACCAAAGCGAGGAUUUGAUCGAUAUUGAUUACUCAUCAUGUACGCAACAUGGUACUAGUUAUCGUGCUGUACCAAAAUCGUAUAUUACACCACAGUGUAGUGGAAGAACGCCAUUAUGUCGAGAGCUUGAUAUUGUUAUGGAAGUAAAUUUAAGCGCUAUAAGAGCACUGGAAAGCGUUCAAAUGCAUAUGAAUACAAUGACACAAGACCAAUUAAAUACAUUUCAGUUAGGUGAAGAAUUAGGCGGUCAAUCGGCUUUUACACAACGACAAGCCGUACAAAGAAUUUACGGUGAACGUGCCAAUGAAAUAAUUGACGGUUUAAAACGAAAUCCAAGAGUAGCUGUACCCAUUGUACUUCGACGACUAAAAUCCAAAGAUGAAGAAUGGCGUGAAGCAAAAAAAAAUUUUGAACGAUUUUGGAAAGAACAGUCAGAAAAAUUUUAUUUAAAAUCACUUGAUCAUAUGGGUAUUAAUUGUAAAAAUAAUGAUGCUAGAAUAAUUCGAAAUCGUCAUCUAUUAAAUGAAAUAGAAAAUGUUAGAACAGAACGUGAAGAACAAUUAAAUGCCAAUAUAACUCAGCCACAUUUGAUUUUUCGUUAUGAAGACUUAUCGAUAUUAGAUGAUGCUGCAUCAUUAAUCGUAUUUCUUGUUAAACGACAAAUGGGAUUUGGAAAAGAAGACAAACAAAAAAUCAAAGAAAUUAUGUAUCAAUUUUUACCUGAUUUUUUAUUUUCACCACGUGGUGAUUUGUCGGAUGAUGAAGAAGAUGAUGAAGAUGAAGAAGCAGAAAAUAAUAACGGUAAUAAACGAAAAGACAAAAAAUCUCGUGCAACACGUCAUCAUACAGAUGCAAAUCGUCGACGAAAUGUCGAGUCAUCUGCAAAACCAAAACCGAUACCUCAACAGACAGAGGAUGAUAUGUAUCGUUUAUUUUUGGUGAAUGAUAAUUGGUAUUAUUUUUUUCGUUUACAUCAAUUACUAUGUGAUCGUUUACUUAAAAUUUAUCAACAAUCAUUACGUUUAAUUGAACAAGAAUCAAAAGAAUUGAGAGAUAAUAAUAGAAAUAGAACAUCAACGGCAACAUUAUUAAGACUUUCAAAUAGACCCAAUGUACCUGUAGGUGAAUUUUAUAUCACAUUUUUGGAUAUGGUUCGUAAUUUAUUAGAUGGAAAUAUGGAUGGUUCAUCUUACGAAGAUUCAUUACGCGAAAUGUUUGGUAUUCACGCUUAUAUAGCAUUUACAAUGGAUAAAAUCAUACAUAAUUGUGUUAGACAGUUACAUUCAAUUGUUCAAGAUGAAGUAUCAGAUAGUAUUAUGCGUCUAUAUUUGAGACAUAUUCAGUUAGGUAGUAAUACUGGACUUGUUGAUCAUUUGUUCUCAACAUCACAACAAAAUUCAGAGAUGAUUUAUCAAAAAGAACUUGAACCAUUCACCGAUAAUAAUCGAUUUUUCAGAAUAUGUUCGUAUAAAAAUGAUCGACGUGUAACAACAACAUUGGUUGUAAUCGAUUCGUCUGACGAUGAAGAAAAUGAAAAAACAUUUGAAAAUUGGUCGCGUUAUAUUGAAAACUAUUUGCGUAGUAGUAAUAACACCGAUAAAAAUUUGAAUGAACGAAUACGAACAAGAUUAAGAAAAAAACCAAGAUUUUUACUUAGAAAUCUCAGAAAAAUAUCAUCUCGAUCGGAUUCAGUUGUGACAAAUGAAGAGGAUGAAGAACAACAACAAACCAACAUUGUUCUAACAACAACAACACAACAACAAAACAAUGAUUAUUGUAUUGUCAAACAGAACAGUUUAAAACGUACACCUUAUCAUAAAGCUGGAUUUACUUAUUACAAACGGGGAGCACUACGAACAGCGAAACAGUGUCAUAAACGUCUUUCAGUUGCUCAUUAUGAACGAUUUUCUAAAUUUUAUAAAAAAUGGAUAACUGAAAAUAUUCAUGAUAAUAGUAAUGAUGAUGAUGGAGACGAGGAAAUGGAUGAUAACAGUGGCGGCGAUAUGUGUUUAGAAACAUAUCAUCGUCCCCAUGAACAAGUACAUCUCAUUUCAUUGAUAACAGGCGAAGAUAAUUAUGAUGUAAACCGACCGCCAUAUAGACCCUAUCGACGUUAUAUGCUUGCUGGAAACCAAAAUUUACAAUCAUCGUCGUCUUAA